AGUCGUUUGGCGCUAUCGAGUAGAUUAACUAAGUUUAGUAACAGUUCUCCAGAAAAGAGUGGAAGUGGAAAACAAAAUGAGUCCGUUACUCUGUUUGUCAUUUUUCUCUUGGGCCCUAAUAGUUUAUACAUGUGGCCUGUUGAUCAACACUUCUGUGAUCGAAGAACAUUAUUUAACAUAUACUUGCAGUUGGAAAACAAAAGGCAAUGAGAGUGUCUUAUUUAUUGUACUUGAAAAGGACAGAAAAUUUCUAGUUAGUUGCAUAAAGUCUCCUGCUGUAGAAAUUAGCACAAACUGCUUUCCAAGUUCCUCAAAAUUCGUCCGAUCAUAUCUGAGUCAGGACAGUCUUACAGUGAUGUUGAAACCAGAACUUAUUACUAAAGACAACCAAAUUGUAUGUGUAAUUGGAACAGAAGACAAUGGAACGUUUACAAAAUAUUUUCAAUUACCUCACAUAGAAGCACCAAAGCAAGUGGUCACAACCACCAAGCCCGCUGCUACUUGCGAUGAUGGACUUUCCACAGGAGCCAUCAUAGGUAUAACCAUUGCAUUGCUGUACUUUGUGUUGUUUCUGAUAGGGUGCUGUUGCCCGCGAAAGUUUAGACAACUGGUUAGAGCCAUCCUAGUAUGCAUGGGAUGUCGACCCAAAAGAGAAGGACCUAGUAACGUUGUCACCCCUCAACAAUCAUCAGGAUCAGAGAAUGUCCGUCAGCAAGUGUAGGAUCAUGAGUCCAAGUGUCUAUUGUAUAUUUUACUGCUAUUCAUGCGCUCAUCUUAUUUAUUCAUGUUUAAUCUACUGACCAUGGUUCUUUUCGUCUGUUACGAUGGACACUCAAAUAUAAAUACACUUGACGUAAGAACAAUCUCAGGUACACACAGACAAGUUUAAUCAGCCAUCUUGAUUACUAGAGUAGUUUCCCCUGUGCAUGGGCACAACUCUUCAUACAAUAUCACAUUCCAUCAACAUCCCCUCUCCUCCCAACAAAAAAAAAUUAAAAAAAAGGAAAGUUGAAAAAAAAUAUAACGAAAAAAAAUUAUACAAUCAAAUUGACAAAACUAUUUACAACCGUAAAUAUGUUUCAAAUUAAAUAACUACAAUCAGAUCAACAAAACUAGUUCCAAAAGUUAAUAUAUACAGUUCUUAAACAUAGUCCUCCAUAUCUUGACGGUUUCUGCAGAGUAGCCGUAGGUCGUAAAGAGUACUGGUGAGUGUUUUCGGUGUUGGGCGGACUGUUAAUACACUCAUUCUCUGCGUCUGGGAAAAUGUCAGUACAAUUACUUUCUCUAUCUGGAGAAAAGUCUAUGUUGUUAGUGGUGUCAGGUCGUAGGUGUCUUCUAUUUCUUUGAUACUUGAAACCAUUGUCCCCUUCUAUAAUGUAGGCACGUUCGUUUACUUUCCGACAUACUCUGCCUUGUCUCCAGGUAGUAUCGUUUGGCGAUUGAUAGAAUACCUUCUGUCCGACGUUUAUAAGCUUCAUUUUACGAGCUAUUUGGUUGUAGUGUUUUCUGACACUUUGCUGUCGCUUCUCCCGUUUGGCCGUGACUUCUUCUUGUGACAUUCUUGCAGGAUGCUCUCUUCUAGGCCCUUCCAAAGAGCAUCUGAGCCGGACUUAAGUUGGUAUCUUGCCUGGGUGUGUUUCUAAACUCUAAUAGGGCUUCUGAUUUGCUUUCUUUUCAUUUUUUCAUCAGAUUCUUUAAUAUUUUCACUGCUGCCUCUGCCUUGCCGUUUGACUGAUGGUGUCCUGGUGAAGAUUUUAAAUGAUGGACACCCCAUGCUUUCAUAAAUGCGGUGAAUUCAGCAGAUGAAAACUGAGGUCCAAAAUCACUGAUACAAACUUUGGGGACUCCAUAUCUGGCAAACAAAUUUUUUAGUUUUCUUAUAACAACUUGACUUGUUGUCGUGUGCAGAUGUUCUACUUCAAUAAAAUUUGAAUAGUAGUCAACUAUGGCAAGGUAUUGUUGGUCAAAUAUUUUGAACAAAUCUAUCCCAGUUUUGUCCCAGGGAUUUAAACCCUCAUUAUGCUGUAUUAAGCUUUCUUUCUGGUUUGCAGGUUUACUUUGCUGACAAGGUUGGCAUGCAUUAGCUAUUUCUCUUAUUCUUGCCGCUAUUCCCGGCCAGAAAACUGCGUCCCUUGCUCUUCUCAUCAUGGCAUCAUACCCUAAAUGUGCUGCAUGUAGUUUGGUUUCAACUUCUUUUCUUAAUGCUCUUGGGAUAACUAUUCUCUCCCCUUUCAUUAGAAGGCCAUCCUCAUAGGUCAGUACAUCUGCAAGUGACCAAUAUUGUUUAAGUUCUGGUACAAUAUGAUGCUUGUCUGGCCAACCGUUCAGUAUGUACUGUUUCAACAUCUGCAUCUUAUUGUCUAUUUUGACUGCAUCUUUAACAUUAUAUCUGGGAGGGCCAGUCCUACAGUGUUGAUAGAGGUGUCAGGAAAAUCUUCCUGCUCUGGCAAAGGGUCUCUGCUUAGCGUGUCGGCAAUCUGUAAUCUGUUUCCUUUGGUAUACUGGUACUGAACAUCGUAUCUUUACAAACACAUCAUUAAGCUUUGAAGCCUUUUAGGUGCACAACUGAGGGGUUUAUUGGGUAAAUUUUCCAAUGGUUUAUGAUCAUUCUUUAUUAUUAUUGUUCUGCCGUACGUGUACUGGUCAAAUUUUUCUAGAGCUACUACUAUAGCCAAAAGUUCCUUUUCAAUUUGAGCCCACUUUUUCUGAAACUCUGUGAGUGAUCUUGAUGUGUAUGCUAUGGGUUUGUCAUCUUGUAGUUGUACAGCUCCUAAGCCAUUUUGACUGCUGUCCACCUGAAUAGUUACUUUCUUCUCCGGGUCAAAAUAACUUAGGGUUCCAUGAUUGGAUAUAUUCUACUUGACACUAUUAAAUGCUUUCUCACAGUCAUUCGACCACACGAAUAGCUUGUGUUUCUUAGUCAGUUCUGUUAUUGGUUGUAGGUCUGCUGAAAGACCUGGGAUGAAUCUUGAUAGAUAUUGUAUCAUUCCACAAAAUCUCCGAACCGAUGUAAUAUCUACAGGGGUUUUUAGAUUUGUUAUGGCUCUCACUUUGUUUGGGUCUGGUUUUAUUCCUGACUGGGAAAUAAUAUGUCCCAAAAACACAAUUUCUGACUUUCGGAAAGCUGAUUUCUUUUCAUUUAGUCUGAUGUUCAUUUCCUUUAGCCUAUUGAGUAAUUUUGAUAGGUUUUCCUCAUGAUUUUUGCGAGCCUCUUCUACCCUUGCCUAUUACCAUUAUAUCAUCCUCCACGUUAAAACAUCUUGUUAGUCCCUCCAAAUCAUCAUUAAAAUGUCUUUGAAAAACUUCCGAGCUUACUUUGAGACCAAAAGGAAGUCUAUUCCAUAUCUACCGAAUGGGGUCGCCAUUGCAGUGAGACCUGAUGAGUCCGGGUCUAGUUUGAUAUGCCAAAAAGCUUCCUGAAUGUCGACUUUGCUAAAUAUCUUGGCGUUACCCAUUUCAGCCAAAAUGUCUUCUAGUGUUGUUAGGUUGUAAUGCUCCUUCAGUAGUGCCUUGUUCAAGGGUUGAGGAUCAAUGCAGAUUCUGAUACUGCCAUCUGAUUUCUCUACCAAUGCCAUUUGACUAACCCACUCUGUGGGCUCAGUUAUUAUUUCCAGAAUUCCUCGUUGAACUAAUGAGUUUAAUUCGGCUUUAACUUUUUCUUUUAAUGCUAUAAAAAUUCUUCUACUUGGUAGGACUUUGGGCUUCACUGUUUUGUCUAUUUUCAAUGUAGCCACGCCCAAGUUACCGAGUGCAUCAAUGUUUUGAUGUUUCUUUUCUGUGGCUUUGACUUUGGCAAUAAAUCUGUCUUCAUUUAUGUGAAUGAGUUCCAUCUUCCUCAGUGUUGAUAAUCCUAGCAGGCAUGUUAGAUCAUUUGGUACUACCACAUACUCUACAUUGAAUUUCUCAUUGGUCUUUAGAUUAGUGGUUACCAACGUAGCUUUUCCUUUUGGCUCCAUUACCGUCUUAUUCCACAUAGUUAAUCUCUGGGACGUCGGUACUAUCUGGUCUGGGCGCACAUAUUUUUUGUUUAUGGUAUUGACGUCGGCGGCACUGUCCACUUGAAAUCUGACUCUUUGGUUGUUGAUCAUCAUGACGGCCGUCAUCCUAUGCUUUUUGGGGCCAUUCAUUGCCAUGACCCAUUCAGUUUGGAGUGUAACUUUGGGGUGUAACUUCAUCUUCUUCUGUGUCUGAGUCUAUGUUGCUCUGUGUCUUUGCUUGAGUAAUGCUGUGUAUUUUCUUUUUACAGACUGAGGCAAAAUGAUUCCUGCCUCCACAAAUGUGACAUGAUUUUCCCCAGGCCGGACAUUUUUCCUUUAUGUAUUCAUGUUCGCCCUUGCAAAAUUUACAAGUUUUACUUUGUCUUAGCCCUUUGUCACUCUGUUGAUAUUCCUUCCUGUUUUUUUGGGCCUGACUUCGAUGUUGAGAUUCUUUCAAUUGUUGGUUUGUCCAAAGGUUCGUUUCUUCCUUCUCUGAUAUCUUUCAUUUGUCUUUGUGAUCUUUCAUAUAUCCUACACACAUCUAUGCAUUUCUGUAGAAUUUAGUUUAUCGUCUUGCAACAGUUUCAUCUUCAAGUGUUCACUCCUAACCCCUAAGAUAAUUCGGUCUCUAAUCAGACUCUCUUCUAGUUUAUCAAAAUUGCAUCUGCUUGCCAGUUUCUUCAGGGCAGUUAUGUACGAGUCAAUGUUCUCGUCCUCUUCUUGUCUUCUCGUAUUGAAGACAUAUCUCUCAUAGGUUUCGUUUGUUCUUCCAACAUAGAACUCUUCAAAACUCUUUAAAAUUUCAUUUAUUUUUGUCUCCUUCCCUUUUCCAAAUGAAUCAAACACGUCUGCUGCCUCACUUCCAAUUAUGGUCAUUAGUGUUGCUACACGUAUAUCUUCUGUCUCUGUUGUGAGUUUCGUGGCCUUUUCAUUGUUAUCCCAGUCUCUUCUGAAUCUUUUCCAAUUGGCCGCCAUAUUGCCUGUUUACAAUAGCGGUUGCAGUACUGGGAAAUAUCUGUUAGUAGUUGCCAUUUUAGCUACUGAUUUCUUAUAUUUUCCUCAAGUUAUUCUAGGUUAUCGUUUACCUUUAUUAGAUGUGUAAACCGCUGCCACCAUGUUACGAUGGACACUCAAAUAUAAAUACACUUGAAAUAAGAACACUCAGGUAAACACAGACAAGUUUAAUCAGCCAUCUUGAUUACUAGAGUAGUUUCCCCUGUGCAUGGGCACAAAUCUUCAUACAAUAUAACAUUCCAUCAACAUCGUCUUUAGCUAAAUUGAAUAGCUAGGAUAUUUCCAUUUUUUUUUUGGUAUGUUUUUAUUAUUUUUGGAAUGUCCUCUAUAUUUUGAAAUUUUCUUUUUUGAAUGAAACACUGUAGUUGAAUGUUUUUCGACAAAUUAUCCAAAAUUAUCAAAUGUGUUUAUCCUUCUAGAGUUUUAUUAAUCCCAUCAAUAGCUCACCAGGAUGAUGUCAUUAAUUUAAUAGUUGGUAUAUCAAAGUAUUGGAAAUUAUUUGAAAUAGUGUUGUUUCUUUCUAGUUGAUAUAAAAGUACAAUUUAUCUCUCAAGGAUUUUUUUUUUCAAUAAGACUUUUUUGGAAGAAACGUAAUAUGAAAUUGUUAAAACUAUUUUUCAAAUUCAUGUAGCUUUUAACCUAUUUAUUGUACUAUUUAUUGUAUUAAAAUAUAAUCUGGAUUUUUUUUUUAUCAUUAGAAUAAAGAUAGUGAUGUACAUUAUUAACUAAUUGUGGAUUUUUACUUUUAAUUUUUUUUUUAAAUUAACAAUUAAUCUGACUAUGACCUAAAAUAUCAGAAAAUGUUGAAAACACUAGCUAUUUAUUUUGAUAUUGAUUAAGCACGCACUAAGUUACUGCAUCUCAGUCAACCCUGAACCAAAACAUGAAUGUGAAACAGGCAUUUUUUCUUAUAAACCCUAAUGAUUUCCACUUCUUCUGAUGCUAAGGAAUUUAUUUCUUUAAUGAAAAACUAUUGUCAUAGGGCCGUAGCAAUGUCUUGUAAGCGACUACUAAAGUUACUUUAAGAAAGACAUUAGACUACUUUUGAAGAACUUGCUUCGAAAUUUUAAAAAAUUACUUUUAAAAUAAAUGUUUGCUUAAUUUUAACUUAUCUAUCAUAGUAAAUAAAUAUAAUCUUUAA